CCACACACUGAGAUCUUUGUCACAAACCGUCGGAUUUCCUCAGGAAGAUGGAGACGCCUCUCGCACUCUGCAUCGUUCUCGUGUUUGUCUCCUCAGUGUUGGUCUCCAGAAGCCAUAGUAUUACUGCAGCACCUGGGUCGAUUACAGCAAAUGAAACCACAACCAGCAACAGCUCAAUAUCUCCUCAACCCACCAACUCCACAUCUGAUCCAGGCGUCACCAGCAACACCACGGCAGUUACAGCCGAAUCCUCCAACAUGACGACUGCGGGCAGCAACGCAACAACGAUCAACACCACUUCCCCAAGUAGCAACAGCUCUACAGUUUCUCCAAACGUCACACCAGAACCAGAUGGAAACAACGGCACGCAGAACACCAGCACCAACACCGACUCACCACUGGUCACAAACCCGACUACAGCCGUUCCAGCGAACACCACGUCAAGCAUGAAUGAAACUGUUUCCAUGAAYCCAAACUCAACAAGUGCUCCAAACCCGACUACAGCCGUUCCAGCGAACACCACGUCAAGCAUGAAUGAAACUGUUUCCAUGAGUCCAAACUCAACAAGUGCUCCAAACCCGACUACAACUGCCAACACAAACCAAACAUCUGAGAAUGUGACGGCUACCCCAAAUGUGAACUCAACUGUCACGCCAAACACAAACCCAGCGAUGACCCAGAACUCCAACCUCACCUCAAACCCAACAACCAGCUCCAGAACCAGCUCCAGAACCAGCUCCAGUCCCGCUGCGGCAGGUGGGGGGGUUCCUGGAUGGGGUAUUGCUCUGUUGGUUCUGGCUGCUCUGGUUCUGCUGCUGCUCCUCCUGCUGCUGAUUGCUCUGCUGGUGUGGUUCUGCUGCUCGAGGCGCAGAAACAGCUUCAGUCCCUACUCAAACCUGAUCGAAACAAGCAACAUCCCGAUGUACACCACCCACAGCCGCUUCCAUUCGGCCAACGGCAGAGAUCGCGAAGAUGUGACGAGGCCCGGGAACCAGCAGAAUGGGUCGCACACCAUCAUCCAGUGACGACCCUGAGCAAGCCAAUCAGCAGAGAGGAAUCACCAGACUACAGCUGUUUUACAGUUUUAUUAUUAUAAUCAUCAUUAUCUCAUGACUGCAUCAUAUUUUUAAGUCCUACUGACUUUAUUUAUUGUCUGUAAAGAACUUUUGGACUUUGUUGGAAAGCUAUAAUACUGAUUCUAUCAGCUUUUUUAUUUGAAAAGCUGAUAUUUGUAUUCAUAUAUCUUAUAAUUUAUAUAUUUUUCCAUCUAUAUCCUCUUGUGUAUCCCAGACAUGGAUUUGAACCAAAGACUUUCUGACUACAAGCUACCAACUGUGAAUCCCACUAAUAUAUAAUAAGUAUAAAAAAAAUGCUAAUUAUAUGUUACAAUCAUAGUAUUUUAGAAUAAAUGUAAUGAAUGAGAUAUGAGAAGCUACAGCUGUAAAACAAGUGAAGUUGGUUUAACUUGAAAAUGAAAAUCCACCUGCUGCCUUGAAAAUGCAAUUUAA